GCUUGCGCCACGUCGUCGGCAGUUAGGUUGGCGUCUACUACCUCUAACUCACCACUGCAGAUCCAGCGACAUCUUGUCAAGAGCAAGAAUGGGUAACGCUCAAUCAGCUGGAAGAGCAUACCACGAGAGUGUUGUAAUAGGAGAGAAAAUGUUUGUUUGGGGAGGAGCGUCUGACUCAGCUGGUGGCUUUGACUAUCGAGUCAACUUGUAUAGUAUGAACAUGAUAUCUGGGGUGUGGGAUGCUUAUACUGCAUAUACUGCUGAUGCUAACGACACACCGACACCUUGUAGAUCAGCAUGCAGUGCUGUAGUUGGCAAUACCAUCUAUUCAUAUGGAGGAUUGACUAGUAUAGCACCACGUAGAACAUUAGAUGAAUUAUACAAAUUGAACAUUAAGGAGAUGAGAUGGAGGAGAGUGGAAAUAGAAGGAACAAAACCUGCAGGAAGAUGGGGAGCAGCAAUGUGUUGUGUGAAUGGCAAACUUAUAAUGAUGGGUGGACAUGGCCCAUUGAUGCCAGACAGACGACAUUUACAAGCUGAAUACCAGAGGGAUAAUGACUAUUGUUGGAACAAUGAAUUGUGGUCAUUUGAUCCUGAGACAAAUUAUUGGUCUCCAGUGAGUGUGACUGGUCGUAAACCAUCUUCACGUGCUGGUCACACACUGACAGCUGUGGAUGAGAGAAGGGCCAUCUUGUUUGGUGGUUCUCAACAUCAGAGACGUUUGAAUGAUUUGUGGUUAUUGGAUAUGCAGGAAAUGAUGUGGACUCACAUCGCACCAUCUUCUCCAUUGUGGCCACAACCAAGAUGUCACCACACUAUGUGUACAAUAUGCUGUAGAGAUAGAGAUGAAGAGAUUAAGGUGUUACUGAUGGGAGGAUAUGAUGUAAGUGUUGUGCAAGACUGUUGGAUGAUAGAUGUGAUGAGAGGCAGCAGUGAGAAGCUUUUGAUUGAUGGUGAAGAGUUUGAUCGCUGUGAUCAUUCUGUUGGUUGUGUUACACUAUCAGAUGACACGGUAGCCAUCAGUGUAUUUGGUGGUCGUUCUUCAUCUGAUUUUCUUGUAUCUUAUUCUGUUGCCUCUAAUCCAUGUUUCUACCAGUGGAAUCCUUGUCAUCCAUCAGUUCUUCAUAAUGGUUUACCAGCAGCAGGAAAUGGUGUACGUGCUGUUUCUCAUGAGUUAGCAAGUGCCUCUCUUGCUGGUGAGACAAGUCAAGAGACAAGGCAAUUAAUGGAACAGAUUGGACAUCUCACAGAAAGAAAUUCACAAUUGCAGAGUCGACUAGAUGAAAGCGAACGAUUAAAUGAUGAGUGUAAUGUGCAGCUGAAUGUGGAAAGGAGCAGAACAGAUGAAGCGAGAGCUUUGUGUGAGGAGAAAGACAAACAGAUUGAAGAAUUGAUUGAUGAAAGGCAAAUUCUGCAACAUGAAGUGGAGAAUGAAAGAGAAGAGAGACAGAGAGAAAUGAAUAGAAUGAGAGAAGAGAAGGAAGAGCUAGAACGAAGGGUAGAAGAGAUGGAUUUAUUGCUGAAAAAUGCAGAGGCAGCAAGUGAAGAUGCAGAGAGAAGAGUAAGGGAGAACGAGGAGGUGCUGAACAUUGCAGCAGAAGACAUACAACUGAGUGAUAAGGAAAUAGGCAGUGGAGCAUUUGGAUCUGUUCGUGUUGGCUACUGGCGUGGCUGCCCAGUGGCUGUCAAACUGUUACACAGGGAACUGGCAAGGGAUCAUUACCAGAGACGUCUGUUUGAACAGGAAGUGUGUGUUUCUUCCAGAUUACACCAUCCCAAUAUUGCUGCCGUGUGUGGUGUCACUCGUCAACUGGAUGCUCCAUUCUGUCUGAUCAUGGAACUAUUACAGGCUUCAUUGUCAGACGUCAUUGAAGCAGCACACGUGAGUGGCAUCUACUUGACAUUGAGAGAACAGACAGAUCUUGCUCAUGAUUGUUUGAGUGGCCUCACAUAUUUGCACAAUUUGCCUCGUCCUAUUCUGCAUGGUGAUAUUCGUCCUACAAACAUCCUCAUCACAUCAGUGAUGAGAGCAAAGAUAGGAGACUUGGGUUCUGCACGUUUUACUGAUGGCUCACUGUCAGUGGGUCCUAUGAGUACACUGUAUGUUGCACCAGAAAGAUUGGCCAAUAACGCUUUACCCAACAACCAAAGAGCAGACGUGUACAGUAUGGGAGUAAGUCUAGGAGAAUUGUUUACUGGAUAUCAAGGGAAUCGUGAAGACAGAACAAGACAACUGCGAUCUGUGAGUCAGUGGGAUCUGCGUGUGGUGUGUUGUCAGAUGGCUCAUGAGGAUGGCAGCACUAGGAUGAAGGCAAGUGAAGCUCUCAAUGUUAACGACAGAGUUGUGAAGAGUGAGGAGUACACAAGAUGUGGUGCACGACGCAUGGUGAAGGGAGUGACGGAUGGAGUAAAGAAUGUGACACUGUGUGAGAAACCAUGGUGAACAGACAAAUAGAUAGAAAUGCAUUUGUAUAGUGUGCUGUUGUUGUGACGAGUUGCUAUUACGGCAGUUGCUAGAGAUAAGAUGUCAUUAUACACAUUUGACUAUACUAGGGUAAUAAAUGAGAUCUAAUUUAUUACCUAGGGACG